CCACCUCGCCCGCUCCGUACGGCCACCGGCGGCGGCGGCGGCGAUGAGCGCGGUGAACCUGACGAACGUGGCGGUGCUCGACAACCCCACCUCCUUCGUCAACCCGUUCCAGUUCGAGAUCUCCUACGAGUGCCUCGUCGCCCUCGAGGAUGAUCUGGAGUGGAAGCUUAUAUACGUUGGAUCAGCAGAAGAUGAGAAUUAUGAUCAGCAACUUGAGAGUGUGCUGGUUGGCCCUGUGAAUGUCGGGACAUACCGUUUUGUUCUGCAGGCUGACCCUCCGGAUCCCUCAAAGAUCCGGGAGGAAGACAUAAUUGGUGUUACAGUGCUCCUGUUGACUUGUUCGUACAUGGGGCAGGAGUUCAUCAGAGUAGGUUACUACGUGAACAAUGACUAUGAUGAUGAGCAACUCAGAGAAGAACCCCCAGCGAAGCUGCUGAUUGACCGGGUGCAGAGAAAUAUUCUGACUGACAAGCCCAGAGUCACCAAGUUCCCCAUCAACUUCCAUCCUGAAACCAGCGCAGGACAGCAGCAAGAGCAGCCACAAUCAGCUUUACCUGAAAACCAGACAGGCGAAGGCGGCAAGCCCACCAACACGGAUCCAUGAUCGGAGUUGAAAACUUGGAAUGUCAAAAUUUUGAGCUCCUACUAGGACAGUACUGCAAGUCCUGGGACUGGAAUGCUGGAGUGGGUAUCUGAACUGUCUGUUCUGGGAGAGAAGCUGUGUGCACCACUAAACUAGAGUGAUUUAAUCAAAAGUUCGCAUUGGUUAGUCAAGUGCCUGUAGUGACUAGGUUCUGACGCGCUACUGAAAUGUUGCAUCCUUUUGUUAGCGAUGAACUGUAAGAUCUUCGUCCAGUAAUCUGUCCAACCCUAGUUGUCUUGGAUUAUGUCCGCAAUCGCAAGAACUUGUUAGAUGACUUGGUUGUACAUAACCAUGUCCUGUUAUAAAUCAGAGAUGCUCCUAUUAGCUGUGA